GUGAUGAAGUUCCUGACUGAGAAGGAGGAGGAGGAGGAGGAGGAGGAGGCGUGGAAGGACUUUGUUGACUCCCGUCUCCAGGAGAAGUUCCAUGAGGAUCGGAGAUGGAUGGAGAAGAAGUUAAGCAACCUGAAGAUGGAGGUGGAUAGCUGGAUCGUUGAGAUACAGCAGGAGUGGAAACUGAGGGAGAAGGCUCAGAGGAACAAGGUGUUCAGGCUGCUGUUUAUGGACCUUCCUCAGAGGAGGAGAGUCAUUGAGAACCUCAGAGAGAUGGAUGACCCCGCCAACGAUCCAGUGGAGAGAGAGAUGGACAGAGAGGAGAGGAGGAAGCACGGCAUCAGGGACAGCGAGAGGAGUAUGGAAAACAUCAGGGUGAACAAGAGGAGUGAAGAGAAUAAGGCCACAGCAGUGGAGACUGAGGGACUCGAGGGCGAUAGGAGAGGAAAAGAGGUGGAGGAGAUGAAAAAGGGGUGCCGCUGCUGCCAAGGAGACGGAGGGAGAGGGAAGGAGAAAAGCCAGAGCCGUGAUGAGAGGAAGGAGGAACAGAAAAGAUACCAGAUGAUUGUGGAAAUGCAGCGUAUCCGUUCUAAUGAAGAGAAAAGAGAAAGAGAAACCUUCCUGAGAAACAGGGAGAGGGAGGAAAAGAAAAGGGAGGAUGAGGAGAGAAUGAGAGAGAGGGCACAUCUGGCAGAGCAAAAAAGGGAUGCGGACAGGAGGGAGAGAGAGGUGCGCAGGAUGGAGCGGGAGAUAGUGGAGAAGAGAAAGGAGGUUGACCACAGAGUGAUGUCUGUGAACAGGAAGGUGUUAACUCUCAGGUCCGAGGCUGAACAGAUCAGGAAGGAGAGAAAGACACUAAGGAUAUUUCAGAGCAAGCUAGAGAACCUGGGACCAAAUAUGGAAGUCCAGAGCAGGCCUCAGAACCAGGGACCAAAUAUGGAUGUCCAGAGCAGGCCUCAGAACCAGGGAACAAAUGUGGAUGUCCAGAGCAGGCCUCAGAACCAGGGAACAAAUAUGGAAGUCCAGAGCAGGCCUCAGAACCAGGGACCAAAUAUGGAUGUCCAGAGCAGGCCUCAGAACCAGGGAACAAAUAUGGAAGUCCAGAGCAGGCCUCAGAACCAGGGACCAAAUAUGGAUGUCCAGAGCAGGCCUCAGAACCAGGUACUGAGAAUGGAAACUCAGGGAGUAAAGACAAGUAUUAAGCAGAGCGCCGAUCAAGGCAGACAGGAAUCCUCUGUGAAAGCAGAUGAGGAGAAAACACAGAAUGACGUUAACAGAGAGGAAGAAAACAGGCAAAUCGAGGAGGGAGACACGAAGGACGAGAUACUGAGUGUGAGCGAGAGAGUCAGUGAGGGAGAAGAGAAGGGACAGAGAGAGGAGGAGAGGAAGAGUAGAGAAACGGAGAUAGAUAUUAAUAUCGAAAGUGAGGCAGCUAGUUUGAUAGAAGACAACAGAAAGAUGUCUGAAGACAGUGUCAGACAGAAAGAGAUGGAAGAGGAAAGAAGUGAGAAGGCUGUGAGAGUAGAGAAAAGGGAGGCCUAUGAGGAGGAGAGGGAAAUAGAGGUGAGGAAAGGCUUUCCCCACACUUUAUAUUUAAGUGAGAAGAGGAGGGAGAAGCAGAGGAAGGAGGAGGCAAAGAGGAAGAGAGUGGAAGAUAAGAAACGGGAGGAGAUGGUAAAGGAACAGGAGGAGCAGAAGAAUAGAGAGGAGGAGGGGAGGUGGCAGGCACGUCUUGUUCCCAAGAAAAUCAAAUGCAGAUUUAAGUCAUUCUUCAUUGUUUUCAAUUAAUAUCCAACUCCCAGCACAGUGGACUGGGGUGUGUGACAUAUAGCAGUAAAAAAAAAAAAAAAUAACAACAUGACAUUUUUUCAUAAUUUUAAUA